GUUGGUUGUUGUCGAAACUGCUUAUUUGUGAAAAUACAAAUGACAGAAAACACACGCUCAGGACGGCAUCGCAUGAGGAAGAGGAAAGUCUGUGAUCGGUCCAAGCGGGACUCCUGAAGGCGCCGGAUCUCGUGCACAGGAAGAUGAAGAUGCGAGGGGAGCAGGAGUUGAAUACCCUGAUCAACGUGGAAACCAAGCCAGACAUCAGCUACGGGACCCUCGCCACAAAUGCCACUGUGCCGCCGGGGGACAAAAACAUCUUCGGUGACGGAUCGACUCGCGUCGAUUUCGUCCUGGCGUGGGAGGAGCCUCACAACCCCGACGUGGAGCAGAGCAAGGCCGUCAACCCCGGCCACAGCAAAUGGAGAGAAACCUUCCUGAACAAACUGAAAUACUCGGGACUCCUGGUAGAGCAGAGGGACGUGGUCCAGCCCAAGACCAGGAUCCGAUUUGUCCUCCUUAGCGCCCCCUGGAGCGUGCUUUGCUACUACGCUGAGGAAAUCAGUUUGCGGGUCCCCCUGCAGGUGGUCGCCACUUCCUACGUGGUGAACUGGUCAGACAAUGUGCUUCAAUACCUGUCGCUGCCCAACCCGCUUAAGGAGGAAGUCCCCAAUCCGCCACCCGAUUUCUACACCUGCCAGUUCAGGACCAACAAACUGGAAAGGUUUCUGGGUAGCGAGGACCAAGAAAAGUUCUUCAAGACGACCCAACGGCACCAAGUACUCUACGAGAUCUUGGCUCGGACUCCUUACGGCUCGGUGUCCAAAGGCGAGGUGGGAAUCGACCGUCUGCUGAACGAGCAGGUCUUCACAUCGGCGUACCCGCUCCACGAGGGUGGAUUCAAGCUGCCCAAAACUCCACAACCGGUUGAAUCCCUGGGUCUCAGGCAGAUCCUGUACGGCUACUGGGCUCAGUGGUCCUGUUGGGCUCGGUACCAACCUCUCGACCACAUCAGGGAAUACUUCGGAGAGAAGAUAGCGCUUUACUUUGCCUGGCUGGGCUUCUACACGGGCUGGUUGGUGCCGGCCUCUCUCGUCGGGACUUUGGUCUUCCUGACCGGUUUUUGGCUGAUGAUCACAGAUGUCCCGGCGAAGGAGUUGUGUAACAGCGGCGGCACCUUCGUCAUGUGUCCGAUCUGCAACGUCUGCUCCUACUGGAACUACUCCAGCAUCUGUGUCACCUUCAAGGCCGGAAUUCUUUUCGACAACGGAGGGACAGUCUUCCUCAGUAUGUUCAUGUCCCUGUGGUCUGUGACCUUUCUGGAAUACUGGAAGAGAACAUGUUCAUCUCUGUCCCAUCGCUGGGACUGCACCGAUUUUCAGGAAAUAGAGGAGAGACCGCGACCCGAAUUCACGGCCAUGGCGCCCAUGACUGUGAGGAACCCUCUGACGGGAGCGGAGGAACCGUACUUCCCCAAGAAGACGCGAUUCAACCGAGUGCUGACCGGAUGCAUGAUCAUCGUCACCAUGGUGGUGGUGGUUUUGAUGUUCCUCAUCGCCAUCAUCCUGUAUCGCUCCAUCCUGAGCAUCGUCAUCUCCAAGUCCAACAUGAGCUUCUUCAUUUUCUCCGCCGCCCGGAUCGCCAGUCUGACGGGAUCCGUCCUGAACCUGGUGGUCAUCCUGAUCCUGUCCCGUGUUUACAUCUCCCUCGCCCACAUCCUCACCAGAUGGGAGAUGCAUCGCACUCAGACCAAAUACGAAGACAUGUUCAUCCUGAAGGUCUUCGUCUUCCAGUUUGUCAACUUCUACUCGUCUCCGGUCUACAUCGCCUUCUUCAAAGGCAGAUUCGUCGGCUACCCGGGCAAGUACGUCACGCUGUUCGGAGUACGCAACGAAGACUGCGGCGCGGGGGGCUGCCUUAUUGAGUUGGCGCAGGAGCUGCUGGUCAUCAUGGUGGGGAAGCAGCUCAUCAACAACAUCCAGGAGUUUGUUUGCCCGAAGUUGAGAUCGUGGUGGCAGAAGAGGAAGCGGAGCGGAAAGCCCAAAGAAGUCGAAGAUCAGGAUAGCGACCGGCAGCAGCUCCUUUGUCCCUGGGAGGUGGACUACCAGCUCCUGGUCUGCGAGGGGCUCUUCAGCGAAUACCUGGAGAUGGUCAUCCAGUUUGGUUUCAUCACCAUCUUCGUGGCGGCGUGUCCUCUGGCUCCGCUCUUCGCUCUCAUUAACAACUGGGUGGAAAUUCGCUUGGACGCGCAGAAGUUUGUCACCGAGUAUCGGCGGCCGGUGGUGGAGCGGGCGCAGGACAUCGGCAUUUGGUUCGACAUCCUGCAGUUCAUCGCCUACACAGCCGUCCUGGGGAACGCCUUCCUCAUCGCCUUCACGUCGUCCUUCCUGCCUCGCCUGUACUACCGCUACACCCGAGACGAAGACCUGAACGGCUUCAUCAACUUCACUCUGGCCACCGCGCCGCGGAACCACAGUCUGGAACAAAGAUCCACCUGCAGGUAUCGCGGACUCAGAGAUGAAAAUGGAGAAUAUCUGCCCGAAUAUUUCCACCUGCUCGCCGUACGACUCAGCUUCGUCAUCAUCUUUGAGCACGUGGUCUUCUUCAUCGGCCGGCUGAUAGACAUGAUGGUUCCCGACAUCCCCGAAGAGGUGGAGCUCAAGAUGAAGAGGGAGCACUACAUGGCCAAAGAGGCUCUGGCCGAGAACCAGGCCCUGGGGAGAACCAUGAUUCCCGUCGACACCGGCGAUCGGGUGGUCGAACCUCGGCAGCGCAAAUCCAAACGUUCUUCACCGGCGGACGCCGCCGUCGAAAUCCCGGAGGGCGAUAACCCGACGCCGGAAAGCCACUGAAGACAUCGGCCGGACGUCGAAGACCGCCGAAGCCGAUCAAAUUUUUGUAGUCGACUCUGUCGGCGAACCUCUGCCGAAAAAAGGCCAACGGUCCCUUAUUUCAUCAGCGGACUCUUCAUUUUCUGCCGCGUCCGGAAUACAGCGGCGUGAACUGGAACGUGUCGACGCAGCAGCCGGAGGAAAGCGUCACGAGCGCUCCGAAGCCCGUUCCGAAUGGGAAAGGCUCCCCCUUCCGCGAGCGUCGGCUAAAAUGGCUGGAGAGCGACGGCGUCCGACGAGACAAAUGAGCCCUCGUGUCCAAAAGUCGGACUCUCGCGGCAUUCUUUCCUACAGGUAGUCCCCAGGUUACGAACAAGCUACGUUCCUACGCUGGCGACGUUACCCGAAUUUCCGCGUAAAUCGGAAUUACCCUUUAAGUAGCCCAUAAUAACUAUCCAAAAAGUCCAAAAGUAUUGUAUUUUGUGUAAUGAUGGCGUAUACACUGCCCUCUGGUGGCAGCGUUGGUUUUGGCUGAACUGUUGCCUUGUAUGACUGAGAAGCAGACUCAGAUGUCUGACUUGGAUAAAGGAUAUCUGCGCUCUGGUUUGGCCCACAUAAGGUUGUAAGUUGUUUCAGCUAAUAUAUGUUUGUGUAUGCAUUUGUAAUUAAGUUUACAGCUACGGUUUGUGGAGUUACGUGUGUGUGAUUUGCGAUGAGAAUUGUAAAUACGUUAGCAGUUUUUAGCAUUUAAGCUUGUGGACUUUGGUUAAGCAAAUUAGGCUAAUUUAAUCUACUUAAUUUACAUAUUGAUCACACUAGAUGGACGUUAGAACGCCAAUUGGGAGAGACAGCGAGAACCAAAAGUGGUAUUUGGUAUGUGCCAAAAUGGCUUUUUGUAUGUGCCAUUUUUUUUGUAUGUGGCAAAAUGGAUUUUGGUAUGUGCCAUUUUUUUGGUAUGUGGCAUUUUUUUGCAAUGUGCCAAAAUGGCUUUUUGGUGUAUGACAUUUUUUUGUAUGUGGCACAAUGGAUUUUGGUAUAUGGCACUUUUUUGGGUAUAUGGCAAAAUGGCCUUUUGUAUAUGGCAUUUUUUUGUUUAUGGCAAAAUGGAUUUUGGUCUGUGGCUUUUUUUUUUUUUGUAUGUGGCAUUUUUUUGCGAUGUGCCAAAAUGGCUUUUUGGUAUAUGACUCUUUGUAUGUAGCAAAUUUGCUUUUGGGAAAUGGCUUUUUUUUCGUACGUGGCAAAAUGAAUUUUGGUAUGUGGCAUUUUUUGGUAUGUGCCAAAAUGGCUUUUUGGUGUAUCGCUUUUUUUUUUUUUUUUUUUUGGUAUGUGGCAAAUUGGCUUUUGUUAUAUGGCAUUUUUUUGUAUGUGGCAAAAUGAAUUUUGGUAUGUGACAUUUUUUGUGGUAUGUGGCAAAAUGGAUUUUGGUAUGUGGCAUUUUUUUUGCUAUGUGGCAAAAUGGAUUUUGGUAUGUGGCAUUUUUUUUGCUUAUGUGCCAAAAUUGAUUUGGGUACAUGGCGUUUUUUUUGCUAUGUGCCAAAAUGCCUUUUUGGUAUUGGACAUUUUUUUGGUAUGUGGCAUUUUUUGGUGUAUUUGGCAAAAUGGCUUUUGGUAUGUGGCAUUUUUUUGCUACGUAUGUGCCAAAAUGGCUUUUUGGUAUGUGGCUUUUUUUUUUUUUUUUUUUUGCUAUGUGCCAAAAUGGCUUUUUGGUAUUGGACAUUUUUUUGGUAUGUGGCAUAAUGAAUUUUGGUAUGUGACAUUUUUUUGGGGUAUGUGGCAAAAUGGAUUUUGGUAUGUGGCAUUUUCUGCUAUGUGCAAAAUGGCUUUUUGGUAUAUGACUUUUUUUUUUUGUGUGUGGCAUUUUUUGUGGGGUAUGUGGCAAUUUGGCUUUUGGUAUAUGGCUUUUUUUUUUUUUUUUUUUGGUACGUGGCAAAAUGGAUUUUGGUACGUAGCAUUUUUUAUGUAUAUGGCAAAAUGGCUUUUGGUAUAUGGCAUUUUUUUGGUAUGUGGCAAAAUGGAUUUUUGGUAUAUGACUUUUUUUGUAUCUGGCAAAUUGGCUUUUGGGAAAUGGCUUUUUUUCGUACGUGGCAAAAUGAAUUUUGGUAUGUGGCAUUUUUUGGUAUGUGCCAAAAUGGCUUUUUGGUAUAUCGCAUUUUUUUGGUAUGUGGCAAAAUGAAUUUUAGUAUGUGACAUUUUUUGGGGUACGUCGCAACAUUGAUUUUGGUAUGUGGAAUUUUUUGCUAUGUGCCAAAAUGGCUUUUUGGUAUAUGACUUUUGUGUGUGUGUGUGUGUGUGUGUGUGCGUGUGUGUGUGUGUGGCAUUUUUGGGGUGUAUGUGGCAAAUUGGCUUUUGGUAUAUGGCAAUUUUUUUGUAUAUGGCAAAAUGGCUUUUGGUAUAUGGCAUUUUUUUGGUAUGUGGCAAAAUGGAUUUUGGUAUGUGGCAUUUUUUUGGUAUGUGGCAAAAUGGAUUUUUGGUAUAUGACUUUUUUUGUAUCUGGCAAAUUGGCUUUUGGGAAAUGGCUUUUUUUCGUAGGUGGCAAAAUGAAUUUUGGUAUGUGGCAUUUUUUGGUAUGUGCCAAAAUGGCUUUUUGGUAUAUCGCAUUUUUUUGGUAUGUGGCAAAAUGAAUUUUAGUAUGUGACAUUUUUUGGGGUACGUUGCAAAAUUGAUUUUGGUAUGUGGAAUUUUUUGCUAUGUGCCAAAAUGGCUUUUUGGUAUAUGACUUUUUUUUUGUGUGUGUGUGUGUGGCAUUUUUUGUUGGGGUGUAUGUGGCAAAUUGGCUUUUGGUAUAUGGCAAUUUUUUUUGUACAUGGCAAAAUGGCUUUUGGUAUAUGGCAUUUUUUUGGUAUGUGGCAAAAUGGAUUUUGUAUGUGGCAUUUUUUUUUUUUUUGGUAUGGGGCAUUUUUUUGGUAUGUGGCAAAAUGGAUUUUUGGUAUAUGACUUUUUUUGUAUCUGGCAAAUUGGCUUUUGGGAAAUGGCUUUUUUUCGUAGGUGGCAAAAUGAAUUUUGGUAUGUGGCAUUUUUUGGUAUGUGCCAAAAUGGCUUUUUGGUAUAUCGCAUUUUUUUGGUAUGUGGCAAAAUGAAUUUUAGUAUGUGACAUUUUUUGGGGUACGUUGCAAAAUUGAUUUUGGUAUGUGGAAUUUUUUGCUAUGUGCCAAAAUGGCUUUUUGGUAUAAGACUUUUUUUGUGUGUGUGUGUGUGUGGCAUUUUUUGUUGGGGUGUAUGUGGCAAAUUGGCUUUUGGUAUAUGGCAAUUUUUUUGGUACGCGGCAAUAUGGCAUUUUUUUGUAUGUGGUAUUUUUUUGGGUAUGUGGCAAAUUGGCUUUUGGUAUAUGCCAUUUUUGUAUGUAUAAAAUGAAUGGAAAAUGUGGACAUGCAUAGCCGUCAAUGUCAUAGCCUUAAUUGGGUGCCAGCUGAAUGUCAAUGCGAUGUAAUGGUAAGUGUAUGGUCAAAAAUCACAGCCACGUGUUUUUCUGCCGUUCAAAAUGAAUGGAAAAUUUGGUCGUGCAAAGCCGUCAAUGGCUUGCCAAAAAUGCCAUAUACAAAAAUAAAAGCUCUAAUGUAUACCAAAAUCCAUUUUUGCCAGGCACCAAAUAAAAAUGCCAUACGUAUACCAAAAUCUAUCUUGCCACAUGCCAAAAGCAAUUUUGCCAUACACCAAAUACCACUUUUUGUUCUCGACCCUGCUGCCAAUUGGUUUGUGUUAAGUGUUUUAUUGUUAAAAUGUGUGUCGUUUUGUACAUAUAUGUAUUAUAACUUUACAAAUUGUCAAAAGUGAAGAUGUAAAAAGCACCAUUGCCUUGUUUGCUGUCUGUCAAACUGAACAACUUCACAUUUAGUGAGGACAGAACACGUCAUAUUAAUAAAGUCAAGUAAAAAAAAAAAAAAAAACAUACUGUGAGGUACGAUAAGGUACUGUUGAUGCGAUUCAUAAAAACAAAAACAAAAAAACAACUGGAGACAAAAUAGCGGACAAGACUCCAGCGUCCUGAAGUCGAAAUUGCGUAAGUCUAGUACGUCGUAACCUGGUGACUACCUGGAUGUUGACUUUGACUGCUUUUUUUAUUGCUCAUUUUGUUAGAGUCGAUUCGAUAUUGUCUUUUUGACCUCGCCAAGUCAAAUCUGGCCCCACAUGAUGCACGUCAUCCAACUUGGCCCAUGAGAUCGUACGACUUUCUUGGCCGCCCUCGGACUAAAUGCUUGUAAAAGCAAUCGGGUGAUUCCCGUGGACGAAGGAACGAAGGACAUGUACCAAAGCUAGCUUAAAAUAGCAGAAUACUAUGAUGACUCAUCAACAGUUUGAGCUCCCUAUAUUUUAUUUACAGUCAAAAAAUGUCAUCGACUAAUGUUAUGGUCAUGAUCACCGAUGGUGGGCAUAUGUAAACAUAACAAACAUUAACAAUAUCAAAAAAGGCCUAACAAUCUUACCUUGUAGCCAUCAUUUGUCUUGCCUUGAUGGGUCAGAAUAACUUUGAGACCAUGAACACAGUGUCACGGUAAUGAAAGCUGCAAGUUUGGACUGUACUUAGGAUGGUUUCUUACUUUAUAUAUUAAAAAAAAUCAAUUUGUUCAAUGAUAUAGCUUUAAACCAAUUUAUAUAUUUUUGUAUGAAAUGGAUUGAACAUUUAUGAUGCUGUUUUGAGGUGAAAAUAUCAAAGCUUUUCUCGGAUGCAGUACUGUCGUCAGUGUACCACUUGAAAAUCAAAUUUUGGGUAGAAAUGGCGGACUGAGACUCAGACAUAUAUGGGACGCCGUUUGUAAAGCGGCACAUGCCGAAGAUUACGACAACAUUUUGUCACAUUUAGCGCUACACAGUGUUAGUAAAGUGGUGUGAACAUUCUAGAGUCACUCUUUUUUGCACAUUUACAACAAUAUUUAGCCACUUAAAGCAAUACUAGGUAACUUUUCAGUUUUGGUCGAUUUUAGCGAUGCCGGUGGACAAAAGCGGUAAUGUUUUGCCUUCAGGAAGACUGCAUUUCCCAUCAUGAAAUCAUGAUCUCCCGGUCGCCUGCAGAUGGAUUAAAUGACAUUUCUGUUUCUAGUGGCUGUGUGAAGGAUGAAUAGCAAUGAAUCCAGUUGUGGCUAAAGCAUAUGACGGUUAGCAAUGCUGUGGCAUAGUGUGGCUAACCUUCCCACCCGACUCGUCAGCGCUGACGAGUUCAGUUGAGCGGGAGGUGUCAAGCCAGUGAGUGAAAGCCGGGCCAAUUUUUAUUCUCGAGUAUCAUUUUAUCCUAGCCUCCCUUUUUUUCCUCCUCAGACAAAACUUUUUGUCUCUUUUGUUGCUCUGCCAUCUUUGCGGAAUUUGCGUGAAAGCGUUCGCAUCGACUUCCAUCUUUAUAAUGAAUGGGGAAAGGGGGAAGUGACGUAGGCUGUAAAGCAGUCUGCACAUUUGUAGUUUUUUUUUGUGUGGCAGGGUUCCUGCCACCCUCCUCAAAGAUAAUAAGUGCUGUGAAAGCGAUACAGAGCCCCUCAAGAUACUAUAAAAGAGGUGUCAUUCAACUAGUCUGUCGUUGUGUCUUUACAAAUGUUGUGAAAAUAUUUUUAAAGGUGAAAAAGUUACCUAGUGUGGCUUUAAAUGUUGAAAUCCAGAACUAAAUAUUUAAUUUGAAUCUAAAUUUUGAAUCCAAAUGUUAAAUCUAAAUAUGAAGUAUAUAUGGCAGAAAACACAGACAAGACUGCAAAAGCAGUUUCUGCUCUUGCAACCCUCUAUAAAAGAAACUGCUGUAUUUUAAGCCAAAACAACUGUUGUGUUUGACAGAACAAUAUGCUGCUAAGCAGAUUCAUGGCGCAUGAAGCCUCCGAACCAUUUUUGAUUUGUCCCUUUUACCCUGGAAACCCCCGUUUAGAGACGUCGCGCAAUCGCUUGUUUCAACCCAGCCUUAAAAAGAAGGUAAGUAAUUAUAUUAAUUAUUCAAAAUGUCUGUCAUUUUUAGCUUAGAAUCAUUGUCCAAUAUUUCGUUAAAAAAAAACAACUUUAAAAAAUUAUUCACUCGCAUAUUUUAAACUUUUAAACAAAUUACGUCAAAUUGAAAAAAUGGCAUCUGUAAAAAAGUCACGGAUAUCUACCUCAUAACUAUUGCUUAAUUGUAUUUUUUUUGUUACUGUUGCAUUUUCCCCGAUAUGAUAGAUGAUAAUUGAUCCAAACAAAGCAAAAUUGGGGAAAAAAAAGUUUAAAAGGGUAAAUAUAUAAAAAAAAGAAAAUCUCAACCACUCCUUGAUGUCUGCGAUUUCUGCAUCUCGACCCUUGUUAUAUUACCAUGUUUCACCCAUGAAAUCCCCCAAAAAUGUGGCUCUGGCCAUUCGCAGCUGUGUCUUGACACCCGCUGAUACAUGCUACAUGGAGUUUUUGGAUCGAAAAGAGGUAAGUACGUGAUAAUAUCUCGUUAAAAUCUUGGCGUCUUUAAUUCUGCUCUCGCGUGCUCUCACCUCCAGAUAGGGUUUUGCUGUUAAAAAAAAAAAAUUGGGGGCGAAAAAUGUCCUGUUCAAAAUUUUUCUUCCCCUAGAAAAUUAAGAUUUUAAGCUUUCCAAUGAUGUAUCACUCAUGCAUAUUGGACAUUUUUAAAAUUUGGCCAAAUUGGGGGUCUCAGAGAGAAACAUCAAGUCACCUGACUGUGUUCUGCCAUAUAUUUAUAUAUAUAUAUAUAUAUGUCCUAAAUCUAAAUUUUAAAUAUAAAUCGUACAU